AUGUUCCCGGACAAUUUAUCUGAACAUUCUUCUUGUAAAGAUAGUGGAACAGGUGACUCGGCUAAACAGACAAGCUUUGAUGGUGUGCCCACAGACAGAAGUGAUCAGCCUGGUUACAAUCAACCUGGUUAUGGAGGAUCUCCGGCGCAGCUGGAAAUAGGUCACGGUCCUUAUCCAUCUAUGGGCACAGGAGGGACCAUCUCGCCUCAAGUACAGCAAUGGUUCAAUGCGGUCGAUAAAGAUCGUUCUGGUUUUAUUACGGCGUUAGAGCUAAAGUCAGCGUUGGUCAAUGCUCAAGGACAAACAUUUUCAGAAACAGCUUGUAGCUUAAUGAUGGGUAUGUUCGACAAGGAUCGUACAGGUCACAUAAAUGUCGAAGAGUUUGAUAAAUUGUACACUUACAUCAACCAAUGGCUUGCGGUUUUCAAAACUUAUGACACUGAUCAAUCUGGGCAUAUUGAAGAAGAGGAAUUGUCUAAAGCUCUAUCCACGAUGGGAUUUCGUUUCUCACCAGACUUUAUUAGCUUUCCUAAGUAA